UGUCACAUUAGAGGUGCUUUGCCCAUUCUGAACUUGAAACAAAAACAAGUUUAUGCGCAGUUUGAAUCGUGUCGCUGUUUCUGGGAUCGUUUCAGUCCAAACUGGGCCCAUCUGUUUUGAGACACGUCGAAAUCAAAACGGGGUUGUUUUAUCCUUUAAGAACCUUUUCAGUUCUAAGUUUCGUCCGUUUGAGCAGUGGAUUUAAAGGGGCCGUUGUCUUCAAUGACAGAAAUUGCGUCUGGGAUCCUCAUUUCAAUAAGUCGUCCGUGACUCAGUUUAUCGCAGUUUCAGUUACACUCUUCAAGCUCUCAAUCUCUUUAUUGCCAUCUUUAUAUUUUACAGAUUUUUGUAAUUCUACAGAAUAGUUCCGCACGGACUGCAAGGAACGUAACCGCAGAUACGACAUACACUAGGGAUUGGGGCGUCCAAUGUAUUUCGCCGUGUUUAGUACUGGCCCCCGGGGGUUAAUUACAGUCGUCCGAAUAAAUAUUACUUAAAAUUCUUGUUCAGGAGGUAAAACUGCAUAGAAAACCGCAUCUGCCAUAGUCUAGGCCGCCUCGGAAUAGUACUGUAGAUCUACCCAGAUUUUGUAUAGGAUAAUCUAACGUAAUAAACUAUUAAUAGAAAUAUAUUCAUGUUUCUUGUCUCAAGGAAGCAUCGGUACAAGCACUCGGUAGCUUUGACCGAGAUCUUUGCGUUCCGGACUAACUGCUCCUAACCGGAUAGAGUUCUCAGCCCGAAAGUUCGCUGCAGCUGUGAUGUGAUGCGGGUUACCGUAUAUGGACGCAAGCAGUAGGAGGAGUUGCUUCCUGCGCCGUUAUUUGUAGAAGCGACUGCAAAGCUAACAAGGUGCAGUCGACGGUGAAUAGUGAAAUAUAUCUACGAGAUGAUGCAUGCACAUAGCAACAGCAAUCAUGAUAACACAUAUUUAUUAAUACUAAAUAAACAUCUAUCUACCAGGUUUGGACAGUCUUGGCUCAUUAUAUAAGCAUGAGAUACACUUUAUUCGCCAAAUGGGCAGAUAGAUAAUAAUAACAAUAGUAAGCAUAUUAUAAAAGAUGCAUACAUCACAGUUUCAACUUUGUCGCCAAAUCCCUUACGUGUACUGACUGACAUGAGAUGACAAACCAUCAGGUGUCCUCAUGUAGUGACUCACACUUACAAAAUAUCAGGUAUAAAUGCCUGGAGGUAUUUUCGAUAAAGUCUUUCGAUAACACUUUCAAGGCCAACAGAAGCAACUAUUGAGAACAAAUGCGCUUUUGAUACCAAAAUUUAACAAAAUCAAGUGUGUUCAGCAAUUAAUACUGUCUAUGAUCUUGAGGAAUAAACAGCUCCCGCCAGUAGGGACAGGCACCACAAAUCGUGCUGAAGCAUUCAUUUAUCGUCCUUGUUUGGAGUAUGCAAAGUCACAGGAACGCGUGUGUUAUGGUACUACGUCCCGAAUCGCAAGCAGGAACUCUUACUCGCGAUCGAAGCAUUGUAUUCUUUUUCUCCUUCUCUCUUUUAUUGUGAAAUAACCAGGUUGUCGUGUGAUGAGAUGGCUUAGCAAAUUUCGAAACCGAGCGAGGUUAUAGAUGCGGUCAUAAGGAAUUACUGGCAAGACCCACACUCCUCGAAUCUGAGAAUGUCUCUGCCUUCGUCAUCACAAAGUUCAGAGGAUGAUUUCUUCAACGGCGAAUGGAUCAGAAAGGCCACGGUUUGGGAAGAGUGCUUCGAGUUAUGUAACAACUUGGGCUGCUACCUCAUCUGGUAUCAGCUGGACCUCAGAAGCAAAGCUCCGCUUGAAGAGGCUCAUGUGAGAAGGGCCCUCUCUCUUCUGUACAGAAAAUGCCCCGCUCUGAGCCUCUGUUUUGGCAAUCACUCCGGUGAACGGUGGGUCAGGAGAGCAACUAACCCCGAGAUAGACUUUAAGGUCCUUCAGAAUCAGAAACUAGAAGAUGUAAGGAAAUUCCUCCAUAGUUACCGACACAACACAGAGACUGGGCCAUUGUUCUGUGCCAGAUUACUCCUUAACCCAACUGACUUGAGGUCAGAGGAGGAAGAUCAGGAUCCUGAAAUGACCCACAACUCUUACAUGCUUUUUGGGUUGGCCCACUGCUUUGCUGAUGGGACUUCGAACACCCAAAUAAUGGGGUUUUUCAUCUCGCUGCUCAAUGACGUCAUUGCCAACAAACCUAUAAGCAACGCUCCUCUCGGUGUCUUUGUGUCUGAUGACCAGACACUCAAGGCGGUGAGUGAGAAGCAGCAGCUGCUCGAGACGAAUCCAUCACUUAGACGGAAGAUGGCCGAAGCGGUGGAGAAGUACAACACCGUCCAGCCUCUUUUAAUCACGGCUUUCCCAGCUCCUGCUGAGGAGAGGAAGUCUGCAAGUUUGGUCAAGAUAUUAAAUCGUGAGCUGACGAUCAGGUUCUCUCGGAAAUGCAAAGAGGAAAACGUCUCUUUCAACAGCGGAUUUUCCGCCGUUGCGAAUGUGGCCCUGGUUGAUCUGCUGCUGGAGAGUGGCACUGUCAGAGACUCCUACGAAAUCCAGUGCUUCCAGUUGGUCAACUUCCGCCGGUAUUGGGAAGUUCAGAUGCCAAAAGCACUGGGGUUGCAUAUAGGGUAUGCGUUACCCAUAUACAAGGAAACUCCCAAAGACGUCGGUGGUCCACCUCUCUUCUGGGAAUACGCGAGGUCGCUCCAUCAGGAGAUUCUUCACGAGCUCGAUUCAGGAAAGCUGUUGCUGUGGCAGGCUCAUGCAAAGCCAUCUUCGCAGAACCUUCCUUACACAACUGAGUACCUCCUGGGGGACAAAAGCUACGUAGGCGACUUUGUCACUUCCAACAUGGGUGACGUGACUUCCAAGGUCACGGAGGGAGGAGACCACGUGCAGAUCUCUAACGUUCUCAGGUCAUCCGCGGUCCACCUGUCAGAGUUCCCACUGGAAAUUGAGUGCCAUACAUUCCGGGGUAGGUUUUCGAUGAUAUUUAGUUACAAUACAGCUGCAGUCAGCGCACAAAUCACCGAGAAUCUUUGCAAUCGAAUAGUGUGCAGAUUGGAGGAAUUGUUAGAAUAAUGCCUAACGAAGAAAGAACAUAUUGCCUAUAAUUAUUUCAAUGAUUAAUGGCAUAUAGGGUCCACAUGAAAUGAAGAAAUCACCCAGCAAGAGGGUGGGGGCUGUCACUCAGAAUAAGUAAUAAAAAACAAAAUGUUGUUGCUGUU